AGUUCCUUCCUUCACUCUCACCCAAGCCAAAGAAAGGAACAAGAACAAGAACAACAGAGUAACGUGAAAGAGAGAGAGAUGGAGGCGAUUGUUCCGGUGGUGGAUUUCCAGAGGCUUUCAGAGGAAGAGGAGCGCAAGAAGCUGAGAAAAACAUGUGAGAAACCAGGGUGUUUCAGAAUCAUCAACCACUCAAUUCCACCAACACUCAUGGCUGACAUGAAGUCAGUGGUUAAAUACUUGCAUGACCUUCCCACGGAAAUCAAAAUGCGCAACAAACCCUCCGUCCCUGAGAGUGGCUAUAGGGCGGCAAUGCCAACAAGUCCUCUAUACGAGGGCAUGGGAAUAUAUGACAUGCAUGCCUCACCACAAGCAUUUGAAGAUUUCUGCUCCAACUUGAAUGUGUCACCCCGUCACAGGCAAAUAAUAAAGGAAUAUGGUCAAGCAAUUCAUGACUUGGCAUCAAAUUUAUCACAAAAAAUGGCUGAGUCUUUGGGUAUAAUGGAUAAUGAUUUCAAGGACUGGCCAUUCAUUUUGAGGACUAUUAAAUAUAGUUUUACCCCAGAUGUUAUAGGCUCCACGGGAGCACAAUUGCACUCAGAUACAGGAUUUAUCACUCUACUUCAAGAUGAUGAACAUGUUAGUGGUCUUGAGAUGAUGGAUGAUUUUGGCUCAUUUAAGGCAGUUCCUCCCAUACCAGGGGCCUUCCUUUGCAUUGUUGGAGAUGUUGGACAUGUUUGGAGCAAUGGAAAAUUUUGGAAUGCCAGACAUCGUGUAAUAUGCAAGGAAACGGGUACUCGUUAUUCAUUUGGUGCAUUUAUGUUAUCACCAAGGGAUGGUAAUGUUGAGGCCCCAAAAAAAUUGGUGGAAGUUGACCAUGUACAACGCUAUCGACCAUUUAAGUACGAAGAUUUGAGGGAUUUCAGAAUCACCACAGGAAAGAGGGAUGGCGAAGUCCUUGAUCAAUAUCGCAUUUGUUAGUCAUUUUAUGCAUCGAAAUACAUUGCCAAUAGAACUUUAUUUUGAAAAAUAAGUUGGCGAUAAAAUAAAUGUUGCAUCCAUUCUAAAUAAUUUAAA